UAUUAUCCUUCUCUGAUAGACGGCGUAGUUCAAAGAUCCAAGCUCAACUCUCCGCCUCUCUCCGGCAUUUGUCGCAGCCCUUGGCGCCGCCGCCUCCGGCGAAAUCUCCGGUGAUAGAUAAUGUGAUACCAGUCCAAAGAAUGAAACUUCAGAGGAACCUUGAGGUAUUGAAAAUGGGAGUUGUCAAUUAUGUGGAGGCGCUCAAGCUACAAGAAAGACUUGCUGCUGAGAGAAAAGCUGGUAAAAUUCCAGACACAGUCUUGUCUCUGCAACAUCCACCUACAUAUACAAUUGGAAAACGCCGAACAUAUCACAAUUUGCUAGUAUCUGAGGAUGACCUGAAAAAAAUGGGUGCUGAGCUUCACUGCACAGAAAGAGGUGGUGACAUAACAUUUCAUGGACCACGUCAAGCCAUUCUGUAUCCUAUUAUUUCUCUCAGGGAUAUUGGGUUUGGUGCAAGAAACUAUGUUGAAGGGCUAGAAUCAACAAUGAUUGACUUGGCAUCUUUAUAUGGUGCAAGAGCCCGUCCGGGGAAUGCUUGUGAGACUGGUGUCUGGGUUGGAAACAAGAAAAUUGGCGCAAUAGGUGUUAGAAUAUCUUCAGGCAUUACUUCUCAUGGUUUAGCAUUCAAUAUCGAUCCAGAUUUAAACUAUUUUGAGCACAUUGUGCCUUGUGGUAUUGCUGACAAGGGAGUGACAUCAUUGAGGAUAGAGUCUGAGAUGGAUCUUCCUCCAGAUGAAGUGAUCCAUGAGCAGCUAAUAAAUUGCUUUGCAAAAUUGUUUCAAUUUACUGAUGUCAAAUGGAAAUAAACAAGUCAUUUUUUAUUGAAGACUACAGAGCAAAGCGAGUGAUAUGGAUUUCUCAUUAAAUUGAAUGGAAGAGAAAUUUCCAAUGAGAAAUUGUUCACAUUGACUUUGUCCAAGUGAAAUCAAUCACCUUCAUAUCUAGUGAAUGUGUAAUGUGGAUGGCUUCCAUCUUUUUACCAUCCACACUCAUAAAUUAUCAUAUUGCUAGCUAUUACUUUGUUUGCUUUUGUUGGAUACAGGAUUAAGGUGAAUGAGAGAGAUUUUUCUCAAAUCUGCAUAUGAAUUGGCAAUAUAAAAUUUCAGUUGCUUGUUUUA